UCAGGUUGGUUCAGCCCCUGUCUACUCCGGGGUGGUGCUUAGCCGGCGCCAGACAGACCCUCGACUUCUGAGGGGUAGCGCUGUGCCUCUAGGGGCUUCCUCCUCACCUUCGGCUUCUCCAUCCUCCUCAGCCACCUCACCGUUUGCGGGGACCCAAGACCCUGGUGUAUGCCCCACCCUUGACCCUGCUAGAGAUAUGUCCACCCCGGCUCGGCGGCGCCUCAUGAGGGACUUCAAGAGGCUGCAGGAAGAUCCUCCAGCUGGAGUCAGUGGGGCUCCGUCAGAGAACAACAUAAUGGUUUGGAACGCGGUCAUUUUUGGGCCUGAAGGGACCCCAUUUGAGGAUGGAACAUUUAAACUUACAAUAGAAUUCACUGAAGAAUAUCCGAAUAAACCACCUACAGUUAGAUUUAUCUCUAAGAUGUUUCAUCCAAAUGUCUACGCAGAUGGUAGUAUAUGUCUGGAUAUACUUCAGAACCGUUGGAGUCCAACUUAUGAUGUGUCUUCCAUUUUAACAUCCAUACAGUCUCUAUUGGAUGAACCCAAUCCCAAUAGUCCAGCAAACAGCCAGGCUGCUCAGCUGUACCAGGAGAACAAGAGGGAAUAUGAAAAACGCGUUUCUGCAAUCGUAGAACAGAGCUGGCGUGAUUGUUGACCUCAGGUGGAGCAGAAGAAGCUGGCUAUAAGAAAAAUAUGAAUUGAUGUGUUUAUCACCUUCUUAUUCCUCAAUGUUAUUACAUUUACUUUAUUAAAAGCAAAAUAGCUGUUGUGCUGUUUCCAUCUUCCCUUGACGAGUUUUUCCUACCCCUUCUACCCUCUUGUUAAACAUCAAAAAACACCCUCUGAAAUCAAAUGUACUGUACCUGGGUUACUUGCAAAAAUUACUAAUGCUUAAUAUUUUGUUGUGUAGCUCAUCUCAGCUUUCAGGCAAUUGUGUUACUAUACUUUACACUAAAUUUUAAAAAAUGAAUGUUAUACAGUGGUUCUUAUGCAUACUUUGAUGACCAGGAUAUUAUUUUUAACAAAAUAAUUUGCUAAAGUGUGUUUUGUCCUGGCCGGUUUUCCCUUGUGUGGCAAUUAGAAGUGACUGUGUGGCCUGUAGAAAACCAGGAAACAAAUCGAUAUAAACAUCCAUUUUGAAAAGGUAAUGGAGGCUAAAAAAUUUCAUGAUACUAAUUCCUAAGCAAUACAAAUGGCAAGAUGGUAUUUAUUGGUAGGAAAGGAGAAUGUUAAAGGAUCCAGCAAAGGGAGUACAGCAAGAGUAACUGAGAGUUUCAGAAUACUGGUCUUUUGAGUUUUUUGAUUUUUAAAGAGGUGUGGGAGCAAGGAAUGGAAACAAUCAUCAGUUUUUGAGUUAGGGGAAGUGGAAGAGAUCCUUUCAUUCUUUGAAGUAUUGCCUGAGAUAAACUUACAAUCUUUCAUUAGUUUUAAUGAAGGAAGGGAACAUAUCUGGCAAACUUUUUCAUUCAAAUCCUGAGUUACUGUUGCAUGCUUUAGUUUCUUCUUCCCCUUCUGUGUUAUGAACUUUAAAUCCAACAAUUACAGUCUUUCUUUGGCUAUUUAUACUUUUAGCUAUACAGUGUGAGACAAAGCUUGUAAAUGUUUUGUCUAAUUUUCAUUGUUGCCUUUAUGCAUUUAUCGCUCUUCUAACUUUGCACAAGUAACCCAUGUAAAAAAUGUACAUUUUUCAAAAGUUGUAAAUAAAAAUAACCUUAAAAUUU